ACCACUUGUCUCGGAAGUGCAUAGUACACUGUACACACUGUACAAACUGUCCGACUGAAGUGUGGUUAAAAAAAAUAAAGACGUACUACAUUUGUCAGACCAAGAGACGGUUUGGUUAUUUUCAAUGGUGUUCGAUUCUUGUGACCUGCUUCUGAACGGCUGCGGCCCUCAUUUUCGAUAGAUGUGAAAUCAUUUUUCGAUAGAUGUGAACUCAUUUUCGGUAGAUGUGAACUCAUUUUCGAUAGAUUUGAACUCAUUUUCGAUAGAUGUGAACUCAUAUUAUUAUCAUAUAAAGAUUUCAAACAUUUCUUUUAGCAACCAUUGGUAAAUGUAGGUCAUAUUAAAAAAAUAAUAAGAGAAUGACACUCUUUUUGUGUGUGAUAGGUGAUAAGCCAGCGUAACAUUUACUGACGCUGAAAUGUGUGAUUGUUUUUUUAGAAGUAAUCUACUUUGUGAUACAUACCGUCUCAUUCAUGCAAAUUUUAAGAUCAUCUGAUCUUACAAAAAAUCAAAAGCCCAAUUUUUCUACUGGUCGCGUCUCAUUGUCCAGUUCAUGAACGUGACAAGGGCUGACACUAGAAUUUAAAACUUGUGGCAUCUGUACCACUGAACCUAGGAAAAGGAAUUAAAAAAAAUAUGCCUUACAGACGACUGGCCAAGCUGGUUAUAUGUUCACUAGUAUCUCUAUCCCUGAUGGGGCUGUAUCUGAAAUACUUCAACAGACCCCCGGCCGACGUUCUGUUGAAAAUGAACAAGAAACCUCAGAGUCGGUUCAAUUUCGUCGAGGACAGGCCCGUGUCGUUUAAACCGCUGGACACAAGGGACAGAGGUGCUGAGUACGACAGCUACGUGGACUACAAACGUGAGGACACCGAGGUGGCGGGUGGCGAGCACUGGCAGGGCUUUCUGGACAGCAACAACUUCGUCUCUAUCGGCGCCGUGUACAGCGCUUGUGGUGGGUUUGUUGUAUUAUGGUCCUGUUUGUAACAUGUUUGGUUGGAUGCACUAGGUUAAAUCUGGUAUGGUCCUGUUUGUAAUGUGUUUGGUUGGAUGCACUAGGUUAAAUCUGGUAUGGUCCUGUUUGUAAUGUGUUUGGUUGGAUGCACUAGGUUAAAUCUGGUAUGGUCCUGUUUGUAACAUGUUUGGCUAGAUACCCUAGGUUUAAAUCUGGUAUGGUCCUGUUUGUAAUGUGUUUUGUUGGAUACACUAGGUUAAAUCUGGUAUGGUCCUGUUUGUAAUGUGUUUUGUUGGAUACACUAGGUUUAAAUCUGGUAUGGUCCUGUUUGUAAUGUGUUUUGUUGGAGACACUAGGUUUAAAUCUGGUAUGGUCCUGUUUGUAAUGUGUUUUGUUGGAUACACUAGGUUUAAAUCUGGUAUGGUCCUGUUUGUAAUGUGUUUUGUUGGAUACACUAGGUUUAAAUCUGGUAUGGUCCUGUUUGUAAUGUGUUUUGUUGGAUACCCUAGGUUUAAAUCUUGUAUGGUCCUGUUUGUAAUGUGUUUUGUUGGAUACACUAGGUUAAAUCUGGUAUGGUCCUGUUUGUAAUGUGUUUUGUUGGAUGCACUAGGUUAAAUCUUGUAUGGUCCUGUUUGUAAUGUGUUUUGUUGGAUACACUAGGUUUAAAUCUGGUAUGGUCCUGUUUGUAAUGUGUUUUGUUGGAUACCCUAGGUUUAAAUCUGGUAUGGUCCUGUUUGUAAUGUGUUUUGUUGGAUACCCUAGGUUUAAAUCUGGUAUGGUCCUGUUCGUAAUGUGUUUGGUUGGAUGCACUAGGUUAAAUCUGGUAUGGUCCUGUUUGUAAUGUGUUUUGUUGGAUGCACUAGGUUAAAUCUGGUAUGGUCCUGUUCGUAAUGUGUUUUGUUGGAGACACUAGGUUAAAUCUGGUAUGGUCCUGUUUGUAACAUGUUUGGCUAGAUACCCUAGGUUUAAAUCUGGUAUGGUCCAGUUUGUAACAUGUUUGGCUAGAUACCCUAGGUUUAAAUCUGGUAUGGUCCUGUUUGUAACAUGUUUGGCUAGAUACCCUAGGUUUAAAUCUGGUAUGGUCCUGUUUGUAAUGUGUUUGGUUGGAUGCACUAGGUUAAAUCUGGUAUGGUCCUGUUUGUAAUGUGUUUUGUUGGAGACACUAGGUUAAAUCUGGUAUGGUCCUGUUUGUAACAUGUUUGGCUAGAUACCCUAGGUUUAAAUCUGGUAUGGUCCUGUUUGUAACAUGUUUGGCUAGAUACACUAGGUUUAAAUCUGGUAUGGUCGUGUUUGUAACAUGUUUGGUUAGAUGCACUAGGUUAAAUCUGAUAUGGUCUUGUUUGUAACGUGUUUUGUUGGAUUCACUAGGCUAAAUCUGGUAUUGUCCUGUUUGUAACAUGUUUGGUUAGAUGCACUAGGUUUAAAUUCGGUUUGGUCCUGUUUAUAACUUUUUUAGAUAGAUACACUAGGUUUAAAUUUAGAAUUUGUUAUGUUAACACCGUCAGGUAAUGAAGCACACUUUUAACAAAAAUCGAAAUUACAAAUGAAUACACGUAUAUGGUAACUUGACAUAUUAUAAAUUAUUACCUCUCCAUGGUAACUUGAUAUAUUACAAAUUAUUACCUCUCCAAGGUAACGUGACAUACUACAAAUAAUUACACCUCCAUGGUAACUUCACAUAUUACAAACGAUUGCAUCUCCGAGGUAACUUGCUUUGAUAACUUUUUGUCCUUUAAUGUUUUCAAUACUUGAAUUAAAAUUUUAGUAGUGUUUAAAUCCCCUUAUAUGUUUUAUACCCACUCAAACUUAAUUUUUUUUUUUUUUUAAAUAUUUUUUUAAACAACCAAAAACGUUGGCAAAGUUUGUUAAAUGUUAGCUAAGAUCUCAAAUUAACGACUGGCUAAAUCUUAGUUUUAAAUUUAAAAGUUGAUUUAGGAAAGACGAUACUGACUUAAUCUCGUCUAGUCGAUUUAAUUGUAAUUUAAAUGGUUGUAAAAUAAUUGGAAAUUCCCAAUAGAUAUUAUUUUUUUUUUUUAAAAUUUAAAAUCUAUUUAUAGAAGGCACUCGCAGUCAGCUAGGAAGUGUUGUACUCCUUGAGGACAAAGAGCGGGGCGGUGUGCUGGCAAGGACAUACCUCAAUAUCACUAUAGGUAACCUAACUCAGUGUGAACAUCUUCUCACAUCAUAGUUUACACAUCACUGAACUCUUGCCCCUUACACCGUUUUAUGUUUGCGAGUGCUACUUUAUAAUUUAUUUAAUAAUUUAGUGGUCAAAAGCUGGUUUUAAAAUGAACAGACCAAGAAUACUAAAUGUCCUGAAAAAGAAAAUUUAAAUAAAAAAAUAUUAAAGUUAAAAAUGGAAAAAUAUUUAAAAAAGUAAUGAAGUCAAAAUGAAAAUCAAUAGUUCUAGGGAAAAAAAAAACCUUUUUUGUGGGGGGGGGGGGGGGUAUGAGAAAGUAGCAUAGCUUAGCCAUAAGCACAUACAUCAACCCAAACAACAUCUCUAAUGUAAUGAUAGAUUGAAUAAGCUAGGUCAUCGAUUUGAUAUCAUGGUUUAAAGAUGAUAAAGCAGUGUUGACUGUACGGCUGUCGGUAUGUUUAUAAUUCAUGUAUGGACAUGUAUAUCUUUUUAAACUCAUACAAACUUGUGUGGAAUCAUUGAUUAUUAUGAAACCUCUGACCAUUUCGUCCAAGUCACCUACAACAGAACACCUAGAACAGAACACGAAGAACAGAACACAGUGAUACAUCAUUACUUUUAAAAUCCAUUGAAUACCACACAAAGCAAAACCCACCCACCCACAUUUAGAACCACAAAAACAAACUGUUACAAGAUGACUGUUAUGAUGUGUAGUAAGUAAUGUUACAAGAUGGCAUUAUAAUUGUGGGGUAAGUACUGUUACAAGAUGGCAUUAUGAUGUGGGGUAAGUACUGUUACAAGAUGACAUUAUAAUGUGUAGUAUGUACUGUUAGAAGAUGACAUGAUGUGUAGUAAGUACCGUUACAAGAUGAAAUUAUACUGUGCAGUAAGUACUGUUACAAGAUGACAUUAUGAGGUGUAGUAUGUACUUUUAGAAGAUGGCAUUAUGAUGUAGGGUGAGUACUGUUACAAAAUGACAUUAUGAUGUGUAGUAAGUUAUUUUACAAGAUGACAUUAUGAUGGGCAGUAAGUACUGUUACAAGAUGACAUUAUGAUGUGUAGUAUGUACUGUUACAAGAUGACAUGAUGAUGUGCAAUAAUUACUGUUACAAGAUGACAUUAUGAUGUGUUGUGAGUACUGUUAAAAGAUUACAUUAUGAUGUGCAGUAAGUACUGCUACAAGAUGACAUUUUGAUGUGUAAUAAGUACUGUUACAAGAUGGCAUUGUGAUGUGCAGUAAGUACUGUUACAAGAUGACAUUAUAAUGUGUAGUAGGUACUGUUAAAAGAUGAAAUUAUAAUGUAUAGUAGGUACUGUUACAAGAUGACAUUAUGAUGUGUAUUAGGUACUGUAAGAAGAUGACGUUAUAAAGUGUAGUUAGGUACUGUUACAAGAUGAAAAUAUAAAUGUGUAGUAGGUACUGUUACAAGAUGACAUUAUUAUGUGUGGUAGGUACUGUUACAACAUUGCAUUGUGAUGUGGGGUAAGUGAAUUAUAACUCUAUGACAUUAUGAUGUGCAGUAAGGAAAUUGUUACACUAUGGUGCAGUGUCAGGCUGAUGUGUCCAAGGUUAAAAAACAAAUAUUCUUAAAACGCACAUGGCAUGCGUGUCAUUAAAUCAUUUUAGUAGAGGUUCUAUGUGUAAGUUUUAUGUGAUUAUAACAUCUGUAUCUUUACCUCCAAACACUAUGAAUAUGUUACGUCAAACAUCUAAUUCAGGAUAUACUUUGUUGAUGUUAAUGAGUGUGGGAAAAACAGCAAGUAAAUUAGUCAUUAUUCAUUUUUUCAACUAUGCCUAAUUGCCCAAACCACCCUGCUGCCUCUCUAUCUACGGAAUCUUACGUACUGCGCUCUUUUGAAGCGAUAGCGCCAAAAUUAUGGAACAGUUUGCCUCAAUCUUUGAGGGGAAUUGAAAAGUUUAAAAAAAAAUCAUUUAAGAAACAUUUUAAAACUGUUUUUGUUUAAAUAGAUUUAAGAAAACCAGAGCGCAGUGAGGAUACCAGCGCUAUAGAAAUAUCAAAUCAAUCAAUCAAAUCAAAAUCUAUUCAUCUGUGGCGAAACUCAUUCAUUGGUUGGUGUAGUUUUUUUGUUUUUUUAAAGUUUGGGGAGGGGGUAAUCUCUUUUUAUAAUGAAAUAACAUGUCCAUAACAGCCGUCUUAACCUAAACAAGAACCAUUAUUAUUGCUUUGCCAACUGGACUUGGUCAAGACAAUAAGAGGUCAAACAUUUACCGGGAAAUAUUAUUUCUCUUUCCAUACUUCCGGAUAAUCGUAAUAUUUGUAUUCGCAUUGGUUUGUAAUAUACUUGUUUUGGUAAACGUGUCUUGAUCAACAUGUUUUGAUAAACGUGUUUUGAUAAAAGUGUCUUGAUAAAAGUGUUUUGAUAAACGUGUUUUGAUAAACGUGUCUUGGUAAACGUGUUUUUUUUUCCCUCAACCGUGUCACCAGAUCACGAGAUCAAAGAAGGCACCUUCCACCUGGAGGUCAAAUACAACGGCCAGGACCUGUUCACCAACUACUGGGAACUUUGCGAGCUGGAGGACGAGCUCCCGGUGGUCAACAAGACGUUCACGUGUCCCGUCGCGGCGGGAAAGUGGAGCAAGGUCAAGGAUAAGCACAUCCCUGGAUAUCUACCGGCUGUGAGUGAAAUUUGAAUAUUGAAUCAGUACGGUCAUCGUGUCAUUUAAUAUUACAAUCAAGACAGCUGUACAUUAUCUAAUACCACAUCAGUACCAUUUUAUUGUAUUUGUUACUACAUCAGCAAUGAUAAAGACAAUGUCAUACUGAAUUUAAAAACAUCCUUAAACACAAAAACAAACAGAAAAAAAGGCAAGAGACGGUGUUUAAAUAAAGUUCAUCCCCCGAAGUAAGAAUAAUGGCAUUCCCUCGAUCACCGAGACAAAGUAUAGAAAAUAAAGUUAUUCUAAACGGUAUCUUAGUCAGGAAACUUGAGUGAAUUGGAAAUAAUCAUAACUUGGUUAAGCUAAAUGCGUGUUAAGACUAACUUGAAAAAAAAAAAAAAAAAAAGAAAGACUGAAUAAAAUUAAAAAAUAAUUUAAAAAUUAAUUUAUAAACCACCAUUAUUUUAAAGAAAUAAGAAUAAAAAAAAAUGAUAUACAAAUGAUGUUAAAAAAAUAUAAUAAAUUUUGCUAAAAUAAUUUCAUAAAAAGACAUAAUUUUUAUUAAUUAUUUUUUUUUAAUUGAAUUAUUAUUAUUAUUUUUAAAAUUUAAUGAGAAUGUUUUUAAGGAGAUGUAAUUAAGGUUUCUUAACAUCUAAUUUUAUUAUUAUGAUUAUUUUUUUUGUUUUUGUUUUUUUUUGUUCCGCUCAGGGCCGUUACCAGACGAAGGCUUGGGCCGUGGACGAGAGCCGGCAAGUAAUUGCUUGCGGUUUUUCAGAUUUUAACCUUUGACCCCGGAGUUAAUUUGAAU